AUGAGCAACACCAUCCUCUGCGUCCAUCCUCUGCGUCCAUCCUCUUCGUCCAUCCUCUAUCAUCCCACAAAGAAGCUCCCAAUGGAGAUCCUCGAUCGAAUCAUCUUCUUCGCAGUGAAGCCCACCAACGGCAGCGACGAAUGGUGGCAAGAGCCUGCUGGCAUCGACGAAACCAUCCUAACCAUCUCCGCCAUGCAAGAGCUACUCAGUCUCCGUCUCGUCAACCAGGCAUUCUGUCGCAGCGCCUCGGCGCUUCUUUUCCGCCAGGUGUAUGCCGUGAUUCCCGGCGACAAGGAGUCCCGUCUCACAGGGCGCCUUGAGAAGCUGCUGCACAGCCCCUAUGUCUCGCUUGUCCGCCGCAUCGACCUGGGGGAUCGCAUGGAUUGCUGCACGACAUCAGCUUGCUUCCAGAAACUCACCAACAGCUGGCCCGAGACGACCGUUCUAUCUCUCCUGCGGCGAUUCCCAGCUUUGCGGUCAUUGUCAUUCUACGAAGAUAAAGAACAACAAGACCAAACAGGCGGAAUACGACCAAGUCGCAUGGGUACAAAGACCCUUGGUGGUCGGGCGCUGGGAUCCGAUUAUCUCCGGAUGGCUACCGUACAAUCUUCUACCAGCGACUGA